AUGCACCCUCUUAAGGCACCUGAACCUGACGUUAUGCCCUCAAUGGGAUAUCCAACAAGCAUGGUUAAUCUUAUUAGGAACUACAUCGCUUAUGUUUCUUACAAAGUGUUGGAUAAUGGACAUUCGAGUCCGUCUUUCACUCCGAAGAGGGGUCUCCGACAAGGAGACCUUCUCUCACCCUAUUUAUUUAUCCUGGGAGUUGAUGUCCUUUCGGGUUUGCUGAAUCAGGAGGCUCAUAUGAAGAGGAUCCAUAUUAUCUACAUUGUGAAGAAGGCCCUUGUGAUCACUCAUUUAUUUUUCGCGGAUGACAACUUACUUUUUACCCGAGCAAAUUAUUAA